AGGUGUUGCAAGGCACCCGUGUUGAUUGGUAAACAUACGCACGACACAAGUUUGCAAUAAGUAUUUUUAUGUGUGUAAUAGCCUAAAUAGGCUAACAGCAUCAAUUAUGUCAAGUCUGUUAAAAAUAAAACGGUUGACUCGUAUUCCCCAGUUAGUAUUCCCUUCUGUAAGAGCAUAUUCUGAUGAGGUGCAUAAAGAAAUCAUUGACAAGUUUGUCAAAAAUGCACCGGUAGUCGUGUUCAUGAAGGGCAACCCUGAAGCGCCGAAGUGCGGCUUCAGCAACGCAGUGGUACAGAUUUUAAGGAUGCACGAGGUUGCAUAUGAGAGCCACGAUGUGCUUGCGGAUGAAUCCAUGCGCCAGGGCAUAAAAGAAUACUCAAAUUGGCCAACAGUUCCUCAGGUCUUUAUCAAAGGAGAGUUUGUUGGAGGCUGUGACAUCAUGCUUCAAAUGCAUCAAGAUGGCGAGCUAAUUAACGUGCUACAAAAAGCAGGAAUACAGUCUGCAUUGUUGACCAAAGCUAUGGAUGAAGAGGAAAAGAAAUAAACCGAACUAUAACUAGUAGCUAAGAUGGCUGGACAAAUUAACCACUACAUAAUUACGCCAGCAUAAAUAUGUAAAGUACUAUGUAUGUAUUUAGAUAAGAAAUACCAAGACUCAUCAUGGCAACGUUGCAUAUGGUCUCUCACAAGUUAUUUUUUAGCAACCUAGGAAUAGAUCUGCUACUCUCCUUCUUUACCGCCAAUCUAUUACAGAUUUGUGGGUGCCUAUGCCUAUAUACCCAUACAUUUGUGAUCUGCCAGCAUUUGACCUCAUUACAAAGGAACUGUUAGUAUAGUUUUUUUUAACACUGACACUGUAUAAUCUUUUGACAAUAUCUAUAUAAAAGACUGCACUUCAUUUAAUUAUUUAAAAAUUCCAAAAUUAUUUACAAAUACAAAAGUAUUUUCUCUGGAGUAGUUACGUGGUGUAUCAUAAGAUCAGGAGUAGAUAAUAGGGAAGGAGUGUGACUUCAAUAAACAAGGGAAAUUUGUCAUUUACUAGCCUUAUAA